GUUUUCAUUCCUCCUCUCCAUUUUUAUUAUUUAUAUAACCCUAUGCAAUUCAGAGUAGAUCGAAUCUUGUAUUAGUUUUAAUCUGGAAUAAAAGACGAAUUGCGACUAGUUUGCGUCAAGAGAUCCAGAUUCGGGAAAGUUGUGGUCGGGAUUUUCAGGAGGAGCUCGGCAGGUCAAGGUUUCGAAUCUUGCAAGGAUGAGUUAUUGGAAAAGCAAAGUUUUGCCUAGAAUCAAGAAGUUGUUGCCCGGCAAGAAGAAAGCGGCGGCGGCAGAAGCAUGUAAAUCUUUCGAAGCCUCCAAGGAAUCCAUAGAGAAAGAGCUUGAAGAGAAGAAAGAGGAGCUUCAGCCUAAAGUUAUAGAAGUUUACACGCCACUUGACGCGGAGAUUAAGACAAUCGUGAAGAAUCCGACGGAGGUUGCCAUCAAAAAGCAAGCGCAGCCUGUGAAAAAACUUCUGGAAGAACUUACCAAAAUAGAAUUCCCUGGAGCCUCAAUGGCCAGCGAGGCAGCUGGCAAGUAUGGCCCAGUGUUAGUGCUGGGCCCCGUAACGUACGUACUACAGAAAGCGUACACGUUCAUUCCAGAGGACGUGGAAGAAGCUACUCCACCUGUAGAAGCAGCUCCGUCGAUUGACACCAAAACGGAAACAGAAACAGUCCCAGCCGAACCCGAAACUACUGUCACAACCGUGGUCGAAGAAACAAAGACCGAGGAAGGAUUUGUCGAAAAGGUCGAGAAAAUCGAAGAGACGAAAACCGAGGAAGAAGUUGUCGUAAAGGUAGAGACAAUAGAAGAAACAAAGGCAGAUGACGGAAAGACAGUGGUGGCCAUUUAAGAGACGGAACUGUGACAGUUCCUCAGCCGGAACCCGCCAAAGCCUAGAGGAAUCGGUGCCAACUGCCAAACAUCUGUCUUUAUAUUGUUUAUAAUUGUUAAAGGGAUUAGUAUGUAAGUAAAAAACUGUGUAAACCUAAGCAUAUGGAGUUUCUUGUGUUAUAUGAUUUCCAGUGGAUUGAUUUGGAUAAGUGGGAAGUAAUUACUUGGACGAUACGCGUCUUUGUAUUGUAUUUCUCUCAAGCUUUAUUAGCAAGGAAAGCAAAUUCUUUUAAUUUAAAAUAUUAAAUUAUACAAACAUCUACACCAGUCUACAUUUGUGUAGAGCUGGAACUCUUUGGGAUUGAUUUGUUUUA